AUGAAUUUAUACAAAAAAUUGCUGGGGCUACCCCCAGCCCUACUACUCCUAGUUGUAUCUCAGGUCACUGCCCAAGGCCCGGAUCAGAUCCCCACCGCCAUCCGAAAGAUGCCCCCCGACAGCGGCGCCAAGUUCUUCCCCGAGUACGUUGCAUUCAGCCCAACUUACACGUACGACGAAAUACCAUUGUCUCCUAGAGAAGCCGCCGCGGCUGCACUUUUAGAUCGAGAAGGAGAGUUGCUCAGGAGGAGUGAUGGGGCGGUUUCCUUCAGGCCCGUUUUCAAGGCGCACGAGGAGGAGCAGAAUGCUUUCCGAAGAGCGGCAGAGGUAUUGAGGCUUCUCCAGAAGAGAGAAUCAUGUCCUUCAAACAUGAAAAGCUGCUCAGAGAUUGGGUUCCCCAAUAAAUGCUGCUUUGAAGCAGAGGAGUGUGUGAAAGUAGAGGACUCAACAGUAGGCAACGUCGCAUGCUGUCCGCAGGGCAUAGAUUGCAGCGGCGGUGUCGGUGCAUGCCCUGCCACUGCGGUUACAUGCCCUGCUGAUCUCGGUGGUGGCUGUUGUAUUGCUGGAUACAUCUGCAAGGGCCUCGGAUGUGUUCUUCCUCCCCCAUCCAAUUCGGGGUCCGCCGAACCGACUACUAUUACAACGACAUCCACAACAAUAGUUGACGGUUCUCCAUCGACCGUAAUAGUCACGAUCGUGACUACUAUCACCAACAAACCCGAUCCCGUCACCAAAACGACCACUCAUGUUGUAACCGAGUCUGAAUCCAGCAGCGCUGGUGUUGGCGCCCCAUUCCGGCCAACCCUUAGCGAAUCUGACGAGCCGGAAACCACUGCUCCUCAGGGGGAUUUCUGUCCCACCGGUUACUACGCUUGCCUUGCGCGGGCCGGCGGUGGCUGUUGCCAGACCGGCCGCGACUGCAAAGAGACCUCUUGUCCGCCUACCCCUAUGACGACCAUCAUUACGAAUGGCGUCACGAUUGCCGUACCUGUGGCCGACAUGCCGAACGAGGCUUCGGCAACCUGCGCAAGUGGAUGGUUCAUGUGUGGAGAUGAAGGUGGCCCAGUGGCGGGCUGUUGUCCGGAUGGGUAUUCAUGCGGAACAGCGAGCUGCACUCUCGCGUCACCCACCGAAACGAGCCAGGUUCAGAAGCAAGCACCAGACUCCUCAGCACCUGCGAAGUCUCGGUCCCUCUCUGCCAUAGCAGGCGUUAUCAGCCUGCUAGGGGCCCUGUACCUCAUCUAA